UGGACAGUUUACAGUCCCUCUCUCCUCCUGAAGGAAAGGACCACCCUAAUAAAAAAGAAUGCAGAGGAAGGACAGCGCAGGAGUUGCCCUUCCCUGUUCUCCUCCUGGUCGUGUCUCAGGGUUGCUUCCCUUCUCUUUCUGCCUCUAAUUCUUUCUGAACUUUUCUGUUCGUGUGCUCCUGUUUUGGCAUCAGACUUUGUGGGAAAGAAUUUAACAGAAUGCACAACCUCAUGGGUCACAUGCAUCUUCACUCAGACAGCAAGCCCUUCAAAUGCCUCUACUGCCCAAGCAAGUUCACUUUAAAGGGGAACCUCACCAGACACAUGAAGGUUAAACAUGGAGUCAUGGACAGAGGACUGGAUGAAAGAUUGUUUCGUCAAAGAGGACGUCUCUGCCUAGCCACACCGAUGGGUCUCAUCUCCCACUUCAACCAAGAGGAACCGUUUGACCUCUCCCAGAAACCUCCAGGUUUGCCCAGCCUCCGUCUCUCGCAGUCUGAUGGUGAGAGCAUCCCAGGAAGCUCCUGUCAAGAGGAGGAUGAGGAGAGUUUGUACAGGAGGAGCCAGUAUAGUCCAGGAAUGGACCAGCAAGAGCCAUCAGACGGGGAUCAUUACAUUUCUGACCUGAAAAAGGAACAGAAUGCUCAGACUGAUAAACUUCGAACUGGCAAGACUCCCAAACUAAAGAAGUAUCAGGAAAGUUCAGAGGAGGAGUCUUAUGAAGGAGAAAAAAAAGCACAAGAGCAAUUUGAUACUACUCAUCGCCUCUUACAAUCAGAGUCAUCUAAUGAAUCUGAUGCAGAGGUAGAGCAGGUGUACACCUCUGAAAGAGUCCGCAUAGAGUCCUGUGACUAUGACACGAUUUCAGAAGAUGAGUGUGAGCAAAGCAAAAGAACCCUGGAAGGUAGUCAUGAGGCCAUGGAUGUAGCGGAGAAGAACUGAAAGAUGAUAGAGCUCAUGAAAUUAGAAAGUGAGGAAAGAAAGAAUAAAAGUACACUGGUCUUCAUCAAAUCAGAUUAAACCUUCCCUACUAAAAGUCAGACAGGAUUUCAAUAAUUCUAAUAAUUAUUCCAGAUUUGUAAUACACUUCAUCAUAAAAUAACAUUUUAGCUAAAUGGAUCUACUCCUGUUGGUGUGUUUUAACUGGUCAAUUCUUUGUGCAAUGAAUUAAAAAUAAUCAAGACAUCUCGAAGAGGAACGAUUUCAAGAUGCCUGAAGGUGCAUGGUUAUGUGUUCGAAAAUUAUCUGCAAGCACAACAAUGGCAAUGUCUAGCCGUCAGAUUUUUUCUUUUAAAUAGACUGGUAAAAGAUAAUGUUUUGUUAGAUUCUCAGUUUUACAACUGAAAGGGAACAUGGAUAUUUUGGUUUAAUGUGGAAUAAGGAAAAGAUGUUGAUAUAUAGAUCAGAGAACACACGUGGAUACUUAAAGCUGUGAAUUGUU